AUGAACAGCGAGGACGCGGCCACGCGCGCAGCCAAGCGCAAGCACGCCACCUCGGGCGGCCGCAAGCUGCUGCGCUGGGACGCCGCGCACUGGAAGCUGUUCGAGCGCACGAUGCCGUACACGACGCGCCUUAAGAGCACGCCGCUUUUACACCUGCGCGCCCCACUCGCGUCGAUGGAGUAG